CGCUCACGGCAGCCCUUUUGGCACAGUUGACGGCCCAGAUGUUUUGUCUCCCGAGGCCGGCAAUUGCAGCGCCCUGGCCUGGCGAGAGAGGCGGACGGCGACAUGCAGACUCCCGAGGAACAGAAGAAGAGGUCAAAGCGGGACUCCACUCUCCUCCUCCUCCUCUUCGUCCAAUGGGGCGAUUCGGCUUUAAAGGGAUAGGUCCCGCCCAGCGAGUCCAUGUUGGCCUGCGACGCGUCCUCCUCCUUCCCGGGAAGAAGGGCAGAAAGGAGCCCGGUCGGUCUCGCUCCGGAGGAAGUGUAAAACAUGGUCAAGGCAAAGGUUGCCAUCAUUGGCGCUGGGCUGAUUGGUCUCUCCACUGCUGUGUGCAUUUCGGACUCUAUUCCAGACUGCACUGUGACUGUCAUUGCUGACAGAUUUACUCCCAACACCACAAGUGAUGUAGCUGCUGGGGUGCUUAUUCCACAUUUUUACCCAGGGACAUCAGUUCAUCAACAGAAACAGUGGUAUAGGGAGACUUUUGACUUCUUGUCCAUAAUCUGUAAUUCCCCUAAUGCUUCAGAGGCUGGAAUUCAUUUAAUAUCUGGGUGGCAGAUUUUUAAAACUGUUCCUGAUGAGAAGGUACCAUUUUGGUCUGAUGUGGUUCUGGGAUUUCGCUCCAUGACUGAAAGAGAGUUGAAGAAAUUUCCACAGCACAAAUUUGGCCAGGUCUUUACUACACUAAAAUGUGAAUCCCCCCUCUAUCUGAUUUGGCUAGAGAAAAGACUGAAAGAAAAUGGAGGCCAGGUGCAAGUUAGAAAACUAGAAGACCUUUGGGAAUUGUAUGGCAGCUACGACAUUGUAGUGAACUGCUCAGGCAUCGGCUCCAGGAAGCUUAUAGGAGACCUGGAGAUAUAUCCCAUCAGAGGUCAAGUUCUCAAGGUUCACGCCCCGUGGGUUACACACUUCAUUCGCGAUGGGGAUGGACUAACGUACAUCUUUCCAGGGAUACACAGUGUCACAUUAGGCGGGACGAGGGAAAAGGAUAACUGGAACUUGGCCCCAGAUUCCAGUAACAGCAAAAACAUACUCAACCGGUGUUGUGCUCUUGAGCCCUCUCUUCAAGCAGCUAAGGAUAUCCAGGUGAAGGUGGGCCUGAGGCCAACGAGGUCUGCUGUGAAAGUACAGAAAGAGACACUGGUCCGAGGCAAUGAGAAACUGGUAGUGGUCCACAACUAUGGACAUGGUGCUGGUGGCUUUUCAGUGCACUGGGGUACAGCCAAAGAGGCAACUCAACUAGUGAAAGAGUGCAUUGCAGCAUUACAACAGCCCAGGUGCAAGGCAAAGCUGUAAAGCGUAGGAUGAAAAUGUUCCCUUUGUCUUAGUAAUUAGUAAUACUGUUGUACUAGAACAGUUUUUCCCAACAUGGUGCCCUCCAAAUACAUUGUGCUGUAACUUUUGCCUGCCCAAGUUUGCAUAGCCAGUAGUCAGGGAUGGAAGGUCUGUAGCCCAAAACAUUUGGAAAACACUAGAUUGAGGAAGGCUAAUCUGGAUGGUUUGUACUGAAAUUCUUUUAGCUUAAUUGUUUCCCAGGAAAUAUUAUAGUUCCUACUAUUAAUGGCUCCUUAAUUUACAUUAUAAUCCUCUAAUCCAGAAUUUUUCAUUUCUCUCUGUGUUAUAUAAAGAUGACAUUUCAGUCUAGUUUCUGUCUGUAUCCAAGUUUUAUUAUAUGGGAAGAAUCAUCACAAUGUUUUGAAUACUAUUAGUCAAAGCCAUAUCAAUGCAUUCUGUACUGUUUGACAAGUUAGACCUAUUUUAAAAAUCCUAAUUAUAUAGUGCUCUGUGCAACAAAUGAUGUUGCUUUAAAAUUAGCUAAUUUAAUUUUCUUAGGCAAUAUUUUUAGCUUUAGAUUGGAAUAAGAAAAACAGUCAAGGAGAUUGGAUGUCCCUCUUCCUUAUUUUUGAAGGGAUUUUUUUUUUGCCCACAAAUGGACUCUUGAAAGCUGAUCUAUCACAUAGAUCAGAAAUAUUAAAUAAAGCAAAUUUGAAUAACAGAUGAAAGAUGUUUUGGUCAAUCCGUUUCCAAUUAUUUGUUUACAUGCAUAUAUCCUCAAGCAAUUUUUGACAGAUUUGUUCCCAAAUGUUCCCAUGGCCAAUAGUUGUGAAGAAGACCAGCACAUCUUUGUUGUGCUUCUGUCAGGGGAAAUAGUUUACUUUUCUUUGAUUUCUGGGUCAUUGUGUGCUAUGGCAAGGAAGCAAGAUCCCUGAACUGAGGGAGAACAUGAAGACAUCCAUGGCUUUCCUGUUGUAGAGGGAUCACCUGUCCCUGUUAUGUUGACAUUUGGACUCCAGGUCGGCAGAAGGUUCUCCAGUGGUGAACAUUGGCCAUACCUCCAUCCUCACAAUGGCCCCCUUCUAAACCAUCCCUGGAACAUUAAUUACAUUCAGAGGAGUGGGGAGUUGGACAAUUUUGGGCCAAGGAUGGCCCAAAAUACUUCAUUUCUAUUUAAAAAAAUAUAUAAUGUUGUCAUUAGUGGGUACUACAAUGUCACUACCUUUGUCUCAGAUUGUGUGAAGAGGUAUUCAAUAUCUCCUUAUGCUGUUAUCAUACCAGGCUAUGAGGAGGUGCCUGGGCUUAGCUCUACCUUACCUUCAAUCUGGGUGCAUCUACAUUGUAGAAUUAAUGCAGUACAUCACUUUAACAUGGCUCAGUGCAAUGGAAUCCCAGGAAUCAAGGUUUUACAAAGACUUUUGGCUUUUCUGCCAAAGAGUUCUCGUGCUUCAACAGCAUUGAGCCGUAGCAGUUAAAGUGGUGUUGAACUACGUUUAUUCUACAGUGUAAAUGCAACCUAAGUUAUACCAUUGCCUGGUUGCUGUCCCUUCAAGACCUUUGCUUAAGCACUUGGCAGAACUUUACACUGUCAGAUUCAAAUAAGAUCUCAGCUAACAGGCACACUAGGUUUUUAAAAGUUGUACUUUGUACAAUUCUGAACUUUUUGAAUACUGUGCAAAUUGAAUUAUACUUACCUAUACUUUCAAAUAUAUGGGUUCUUUUUAUUAAUGUGGCAAUAAGAAUUCUGACACUUAAUGACUUUUGAAUUUGAUGUUAUUUUAUUUGCAAAGAAUUGGAUGAGGUAAUUAGCUACAGCAUCCCCUCAGGAGAACACAGUGAUUUGUUGCAGGGCUUUGUAUUGAUCAUAUUUUUGCAAAAUAAAAUUGAGUUCUUUUUCUGCA